AUGGAGAGAAUUAUAGGAGAGAAGUACAAGUUAGGUCGCAAAAUUGGAAGCGGAUCCUUCGGUGAAAUCUUUCUUGCUACUCACAUUCACUCUGGUGAAAUCGUAGCUGUCAAAAUUGAAAGUAGGAGUACGAAGCAUCCGCAAUUACUUUACGAAGCCAAACUGUAUAAGAUUCUUGGUGGAGGAAGUGGUAUUGCGAAUAUAAAAUGGUGUGGAGUAGACGGAGAAGAUAAUGUGUUAGUAAUUGAUUUGUUAGGACCGAGUCUUGAGGACCUGUUUGUGUACUGUGGGAGAAAGUUUUCGCUUAAAACGGUGUUAAUGUUGGCUGAUCAGAUGAUUGCGAGGAUUGAAUACAUGCAUUCGAAGGGGUUUUUGCAUAGGGAUAUUAAACCGGAUAAUUUCCUCAUGGGUCUUGGAAGGAAAGCUAAUCAGGUCUAUGUCAUUGAUUUUGGACUUGCAAAAAGAUAUAGGGAUCCAACAACACACCAACAUAUUACUUACAGUUCAGCUAUUGACUUAGCUCCUGUUAUCAGUGUUAACAAGCAAAGCCGUCGGGAUGAUUUGGAGUCUAUUGGCUACGUUCUUUUAUAUUUUUUGAGAGGAAGCCUUCCAUGGCAGGGUCUGAAAGCGGCAACAAAGAAGCAAAAGUAUGAUAAAAUAUGCGAGAAGAAGUUAUCAACUCCAAUUGAGGUGCUAUGCAAGUUGCAUCCUGUGGAGUUUGCUUCUUACUUCCAUUAUUGCCACUCUUUAACAUUUGACCAACGGCCUGAUUAUGGAUUUCUGAAGCGCCUCUUUCGUGAAUUGUUUACUCGGGAAGGAUUUGAGUUUGAUCAUGUUUUUGAUUGGACCAUCCUGAAGUACAAGCAGACACAAAGGCCAAAGCCACAAACUCAAUCAUCCGACUUGCGGCCAAAUUCUAGAGUGACAAGCAAUCGAGCAAUGGCAAUGGAUCUCGAUAAGGAUAAAGGUUAUUUUAACAAUCGUGCCGGGCUCAUUUAUGACAACAUUAACAUGCCAUUACUGGAUUUCAAAUGUCCAUCUGCUGUACUGCAAUGGCUUAGGGUCAAUAGUGCUUCUUAUUCGGCUGAGGUUACUGAUCACAGAGGAUCGAAAAAUGUUGCUCGUCCAGAUUCUCAUAUGCAGUUUGGGUCGUCAUUUUCUCGGAAUUUAAUUGCUGAUAAUCCAAUUGACAAGCAUAAUAUGAACAAUGCAUCAAUGCCGUCGACUUCUUUUGCUCCACCCAGUGCAUCUAGAAGGGAUUUUAUGAAACUAGAUGGGUCAACUGAUGCUGUGAACAUUGGUCGGGGGCUUGGGAACAGAGCUGGUGCUUCAAGCAGGUUGAUGAGAAUUUCUUCAGCUAAGUAA